ACUUCGUUCGCGGACUUCAACGUCAUCGGUUCGGCGUUUUCUUUUGGGAAGAGAGGAAAAAGAUUAAAGUUCUAGAAAUUAGUCAACUUUUAGUGAAAGUUUGCUCGGAAAAAUGAAGUAAAAAUGUGAAAAAUUGCUUCAACUUGCUUUUGAGACUUGAAAAAUCUAAGCAACCGCUGCGAAGAGAAGAUGCGCUAAGGUCCGGAAAGAUCCGGUUCCGGUUUGACGAAAACAAUCAAACACCGCAAUGUAUCUGUACAACUUUAUCCUGCAGCGUGCGACCGGCAUCACGCACGCGGUCCACGGCUGCUUCGCCGGCACCAAGCAGCAGGAGAUUCUGCUGAGCAAGGGCAAAAGUUUGGAGCUGGUGCGGCCGGACCCGAACACGGGGAAGGUGCACACGCUGCUGCAGACGGAGGUUUUCGGCGUGAUCCGGUCGCUGAUGUCGUUCCGGCUGACGGGGGGCACGAAAGAUUAUGCCGUGGUCGGUUCCGACUCGGGCCGCAUCGUCAUCCUGGAGUACAACGCGGCCAAGAACCAGCUCGAGAAGGUGCACCAGGAAACGUUCGGCAAGUCCGGCUGUCGGCGGAUCGUUCCGGGGCAGUUUUUGGCCAUCGACCCGAAGGGUCGUGCCGUGAUGAUCGGGGCGAUCGAGAAGCAGAAGCUGGUCUACAUUUUGAACAGAGAUUCGGAGGCGCGGUUGACCAUUUCUUCGCCGCUGGAGGCGCACAAGUCGAGCACGUUGACGUACCACAUGGUCGGAGUGGACGUGGGCUUUGAGAACCCGAUGUUUGCCUGUUUGGAGAUUGAUUACGAGGAGGCGGAUCUGGAUCCGACGGGGGAAGCUGCGGCGAAGACGCAGCAGACGUUGACGUUCUACGAGUUGGACUUGGGGUUGAACCACGUGGUCCGGAAGUACUCGGAACCGCUGGAAGAGCACGCGAAUUUCUUGAUUUCCGUGCCCGGAGGCAACGACGGUCCGUCUGGAGUGUUGAUCUGCUCGGAGAACUACCUGACGUACAAGAAUCUCGGCGACCAGCACGACAUCCGUUGUCCGAUUCCGCGCCGACGCAACGACCUGGACGACCCCGAACGGGGCAUGAUCUUCAUCUGCUCGGCCACGCACCGCACCAAGUCGAUGUUCUUUUUCCUGGUUCAAACCGAGCAGGGAGACAUCUUCAAAGUUACGCUCGAGACGGACGACGACGUCGUGGCGGAGAUCAAGCUCAAGUACUUUGACACGGUUCCGCCGGCCACGGCCAUGUGCGUGCUCAAGACCGGUUUCCUGUUUGUGGCGUGCGACUUUGGCAAUCACUAUCUCUAUCAGAUCGCUCACCUCGGCGACGACGACGACGAGCCCGAGUUCAGCUCGGCCAUGCCGCUGGAGGAAGGCGACACGUUCUUCUUCGCUCCACGCCCGCUCAAGAACCUGGUCAUGGUCGACGAAAUCCACUCGUUCGCGCCGAUCCUGGGCUGCCAGGUGGCCGAUCUCGCCAACGAGGACACGCCCCAGCUGUACCUGGCGUGCGGCCGCGGACCCCGCUCCUCCAUCCGAGUCCUGCGCCACGGUCUGGAAGUGUCCGAAAUGGCCGUCUCCGAGCUGCCCGGUAAUCCGAACGCCGUCUGGACCGUCAAGAAACGCGCGGACGACGAGUUCGACGCGUACAUCAUCGUGUCCUUCGUGAACGCCACCCUGGUGCUCAGCAUCGGCGACACCGUCGAGGAGGUCACCGACAGUGGCUUCCUGGGAACGACGCCGACGCUGUGCUGUUCCGCCCUCGGUGAUGACGCCCUGGUGCAGGUCUACCCGGACGGCAUUCGGCACAUCCGCGCGGACAAGCGCGUCAACGAGUGGAAGGCCCCCGGCAAGAAGACGAUCAUCAAGUGCGCGGUCAACAGCCGGCAGGUCGUGAUUGCGCUGUCCGGCGGGGAGCUGGUGUACUUUGAGAUGGAUCCGACCGGUCAACUGAACGAGUACACCGAGCGGAAGAAGAUGCCCAGCGAUGUGAUGUGUAUGGCGCUGGGUUCAGUCCCCGCUGGUGAGCAGCGCGCCUGGUUCUUGGCCGUCGGUUUAGCGGACAACACGGUCCGUAUCAUCUCGCUCGAUCCCGCUGACUGCUUGUCCCCGCGAUCGAUGCAGGCCCUGCCGUCGGCGGCCGAAUCGCUUUGUAUCGUCGAGAUGGGAACCGGCGAGAGUAACGAGGAGGGGACCGUUUCAACGGCGGGAUGUUUCUACCUGAACAUUGGGCUGACGAACGGAGUUCUGUUGAGGACGGUGCUGGAUCCGGUUUCUGGGGAUUUGGCCGAUACGCGAACGCGUUAUUUAGGAUCGCGCCCGGUGAAGCUGUUCCGGAUCAAGAUGCAGGGCUCGGAAGCGGUGCUGGCCAUGUCCAGUCGGACCUGGUUGAGCUACUACUACCAGAACCGGUUCCACCUGACUCCGCUGUCGUACGAAACCCUCGAAUACGCGUCCGGCUUCUCGAGCGAGCAGUGCGCCGAAGGCAUCGUGGCCAUCUCAACCAACACGCUGAGGAUCUUAGCCCUAGAAAAGCUCGGAGCCGUCUUCAACCAGAUCACGUUCCCCCUCGAGUACACCCCGAAGCGUUUCCUGAUCCACAACGAAACCGGCAAGCUAAUCAUCAGCGAAACCGACCACAACGCGUACACCGAGGAGACCAAGAACAUCCGCAAGAAGCAGAUGGCCGACGAAAUGCGCGAAGCCGCAGGCGAAGACGAGCAAGAACUCGCCAACGAGAUGGCGGACGCCUUCAUCAACGAAGUCCUCCCGGAAGACCAAUUCUCCUCCCCGAAAGCCGGAGCCGGCAUGUGGGCGUCCCAAAUCCGCGUCAUGGACCCCAUCAACGGCCACACCUACUCCAAGGUGCAGCUCGCCCAAAACGAAGCCGUCAUGUCGAUGGCCCUAGUGCGAUUCACCGUCGACCAAAAGUGGUACGUCGUGGCCGGAGUGGCCAAGGAUCUCGCCCUCAACCCCAAAAUCACCAACGGUGGCUUCAUCGACGUCUACAAGUACGACUUCCACACCCACCAGCUCGAGCACUACCACCGCACCGAAAUCGACGACGCCCCCGGCGCAAUCUGCUCCUUCCAAGGCCGCGUCCUCGUCGGCAUCGGCAAAGUCCUGCGCAUCUACGACCUCGGCAAAAAGAAGCUCCUCCGCAAGUGCGAGAACAAACACAUUCCCAACCAGAUCGUCAACAUCCAGGCCAUGGGCUCGCGCGUCUUCGUCUCCGACGUCCAAGAAUCCAUCUACUGCGUCAAGUACAAGCGCGCCGAGAACCAACUCAUCAUCUUCGCCGACGACACCCACCCCCGCUGGAUCACCACCUCAACCCUCCUAGACUACGACACCGUCGCCACCGCCGACAAGUUCGGCAACGUGUCCGUCCUCCGCCUCCCCCACUCCGUCUCCGACGACGUCGACGAAGACCCCACCGGCAACAAAGCCCUCUGGGACCGCGGCCUCCUCAACGGCGCCUCCCAAAAGGCGGAAAACGUGUGCACAUUCCACCUCGGCGAAACCAUCAUGUCGCUCCAAAAAGCCACCCUCAUCCCCGGAGGCUCCGAAUCCCUCAUCUACGCGACCAUGUCCGGCACCGUCGGCGCCCUCGUCCCCUUCACCAGCCGCGAAGACUUUGACUUUUUCCAACACCUCGAGAUGCACAUGCGCAACGAGAAUCCGCCACUGUGCGGGCGGGACCACCUCAGCUUCCGCAGCUACUACUACCCGGUCAAGAACGUCAUGGACGGGGAUCUGUGCGAGCAGUUCACCUCGAUGGAUCCGGCCAAGCAGAAGAGCAUCGCGACCGAUCUGGGGCGGACGCCGAACGAGGUCGCGAAGAAGCUCGAGGACAUCCGGACGCGGUACGCGUUCUAAGAUCAAAUCGCUAGAUGUGUACUAAAUAAGCAUAUUUGUAAAACUAAAGUAUUCGUAAUCUGGUGCCGCCGACGGAGUUUGCCCAAUUCCUGGGAUGUUUGCACAUAGUUUCGAUAUCAUAAUCACAAGUGGUACGGAUUUGCUGGUGGCGACGAAUUUUGAGGAUUUCGCACUUUUGCAAUGAAGUUCAACCCAAAAAGAUCGCGCGUUUUGAGAGAUUGCUGAUUGACGGAUUUCUCAAAGCUGAAGUUUUCUUCGUCUUCAAGGAACUAAACCUCGUGUGAUUCUGUGCAACCUUUUCAUCUUGACUGAUUGGAAAUUGCAGAUUCUUUCUCUUGGCGCGAUGACGUCCAAUGGAACUUGCAACUUCUGAGAAAGUUUGAAAUGCUGACCAAAUCGAAAUCAUCUGAUCGGUUAUCACGCUGAAGGCGAUCUCAAGAUUCCCCGUCCCAGCAGCCAGCAGCAAAAUUUUCACGUUGUAGUGAAUAAAAUCAUCCAAAAGUCGCGGCACCAGGCUCACUCUACUAAUCACCUCUCGCUCAGCUCCCAUCACGAGAAGAACCUACGUUUUUAAAGUUGCAAAACCUAACACAUCCGUUCGCGACCGAAUGGUACACGACCCAACAAAAAAAAAAACUAAUCUUAAUAAAAGCUAUGCAUAAAACACAA